AUGGCGGCGGUGGAGGCGAGCAAGGUGGCCUCGCCUAAGAGCGCCCCGAAGGAUGCCCAGGUGAUGGCCCAGAUCUUGAAGGAUAUGGGGAUUACUGAGUACGAGCCACGGGUUAUAAAUCAGAUGCUGGAGUUUGCUUACCGAUACGUGACAACAAUCUUGGAAGAUGCCAAAAUUUAUUCCAGCCACGCAAAGAAAUCGAGUGUCGAUGCAGACGAUGUGAGGUUGGCUAUCCAGUGCCGGACGGAUCAGUCGUUCACCUCUCCCCCUCCCAGAGAUUUUUUGCUAGAUAUCGCACGGCAGAAGAACCAGAUGCCUCUGCCGCUGAUUAAGCCGUACUCGGGGCCACGGCUGCCCCCGGAUAGGUACUGCCUGACAGCGCCCAACUACAAGCUGAAGUCCUUGCAGAAAAAGGUUUCUUCCUCCACUGGAAGGAUAACCGUGCCGCGGCUGAGCGUCGGAGCAGUAACCAGCAGGCCCAGCACCCCGACUUUAGGGACUCCUUCGGCACAGACGGUCUCUGUUUCGACCAAAGUCGGGACCCCGGUGUCACUGACAGGGCAGCGUUUCACGGUGCAGAUCCCUACACCCCAAGCAUCGGUCAAGUCAGCAGCUCCAACCACGCCGACGGUGCAGAACGUGCUGAUCAACCCCUCCCUGAUGGGCUCCAAGAAUAUCCUCAUCACCACCAACAUGGUGUCGUCACAGAACACCGCCGGAGAAGUGAACCCCUUGAAAAGGAAGCACGAGGAAGACGACGACUAUGACAACUUGUGA